GAAGUUGACAAAAAACCUGUGGGGGGAGAAGAGGAAGAGUGCCUGCAGAUUUCCUGAGAAGUUGAGUUACACGUCAGAACGUAACCUGUACUGGUGAGCGGACGUGUACUGUGACCUCAGCAGUUCCUGCGUAUCAGCUGACCCCGCAUACGAGGAGACAUGGAACGUGUAGCGGAGAUGCCCAACAACGGCGUUCUGAGUCUCCCCCAUCGUCUGUCCCUUUCUCCGCCCACAGGUUUCUCUAUUGCUGGCCUUUCCUCCACGCCACGCAAGAGACAGGUGCGCUUCUCGGCCCGCCAUGAUAUCCUGCUGCUACGGGAGGUCAUUGCCCAGAACCCCUUUGCCUCCAAGGAACCAGGCCGAAUUUGGGCCAAGGUGGGCGAAAUAAUCACGGCGGCCCUGCAGGAUGAGAGCUUUGAGGUGGACGCCAGGCGCUGCCGUGAGAGGACCUCCCUGCUGCUGGAUUAUUAUAAAAAGCAGGACUUUGCCAGCCUCCGCAGGUUUGGAACUGAAAGGCUGUACGCUCAGAAGGAAGACCUUCUACAUGAAGUUCUGGAGUUGGAGGCGGAGAAGGGCCUUCAAGGGAGUGGUGAGAGCAAGUACCAAGAUGAAGAACUUCGGAAGAGAGCAAUUGAGGAGCUCUCACUAGCAGAACCGGACAAGCCCAGUGUGAUCGCCAACCAGACAGUCCCUCCUGCAGUGGCCCCCACUCCAGACCCAGAGGAACAGGAAGAACUGGUGGACCUGGCGGCUCCCACAGCCAAGCGACCAUGCCAGUGCUGCUGCCAGACCUACUCUGAAAUCCUAAGCUUCCUGGAAAAGCGCUCAGAGGCAGAGCAGCGCUUGCGGGAAGAGGAAAUGGCCUUGCGGCGUGAGGAGCUUGAGAUCCAGAGGAGCAAGAUUGCCCUGGAGAGGGAGAGACUGGGUGCAGAGAGGAAAGAGCGGGAACGGCGCUUUGAGUUGGAGAGCCAAGAGAGGCAGGUCAUCCUUGACUUGCUCAAAGAGAAGGUUCUCAAAAGCUGAGACGCAGCAGGAUAAAGGAGCAGACUCUAAUGGAACUACAGGACAGAGUAUCACCGAGUCUUUCCAAAUGAGUGGAUCUAGCCAACUAGGAGUAGCUUUGCAAAAUAGAGUUGGUUUGAUAUGAGAAAGGACUUUUUUUGAGCAUGUCUGUAGGAACCUUGUAUGAAAGCUGUGUUUUUCAAGUUGCCGCACUGUUGCAUAAGGGCUCUAGCAACCAUGAAGAAAAACCUUUGUCAGGCAGUAAGAGAGAAGCCAUGUUUCUCCGCUACUGAUAGAAGCAGAACUGCUCACUUACAUUUUUGCCAUAGUGAUAUUAAUGUUCAGCAAUGUCAGUGUACAAUAAAUUAUAUGUACCUUUA